AUGGCCCCCUCAGCUGUCGAGACUGCGACGCAACUUGCCUCGGAAACACAGAAAGUCAAACUCUACCCUGGCCACGUCGAUGGUGCUUAUAAAGAGCUCUCCCCUGUUACCUAUCAGCGAGAAGCUGAAGAGAAAGGUAUUGACGGACAUGCAGCUGCCAAGUAUCCCAACUAUCUUCCAACUUGGAACAAAGACCAAGUCUAUCCUCCCCUAGAACCCUUCCAACACUACGACCACGGCAAAGAUGCAGACCCAAGCUUCCCCAAUCUCAUAAAAUCGGAAACCAAAGUUUCCCAUCUCACCCCGACUAUCGGUACUGAGAUCGAAGGUAUCCAACUAAGCUCCCUGUCCAACGCCGGCAAAGAUGAACUCGCUCGCUACGUAGCAGAGCGCAAAGUCGUGGCCUUCCGCAACCAAGAUUUUGCCGAUCUGCCCAUCUCAGAAGCUCUCAACUUCGGAGGUUACUUCGGUCGUCACCACAUCCAUCCCACCUCGGGUUCACCAGAAGGCCAUCCGGAGAUCCAUCUCGUUCAUCGAAGUGCGGGAGAUAAAUCAUAUGACGACUUUUUCAAGACUCGUGUGAGCUCCGUAGCAUGGCAUUCUGAUGUCACUUAUGAGCAACAACCGCCUGGAACUACGUUCCUUUACGUGCUGGAUAACCCCGAUACUGGUGGCGAUACCCUCUUUGCUAAUACCGUUGAGGCGUAUAACCGGCUUUCGCCUACGUUUCAGAAACUUCUGCAUGGGCUCAAGGCUACUCAUUCCGGUAUUGAACAGAUCAAUGCCAGUGUCAAGAAGGGCAGUGUUAAGAGGAGGGAACCUGUUGUUAACGAGCAUCCUAUUGUUCGAACACAUCCUGUUACAGGGGAGAAGUCACUCUAUGUCAACCCUCAGUUUACACGAAGCAUCGUCGGACUCAAGAAGGAAGAAUCUGAUGCGAUCCUCAACUUCUUGUUUGAGCACAUUGCUUGGGGUGCAGACUUCCAUGCUCGUGUCAAGUGGCAGGCCGGAACUGUUGUGGUUUGGGAUAAUCGAUCUGUUCAACAUACUGCUAUUCUAGACUGGCACUCUGGUCAGCGAAGACAUCUGGCUCGAAUCACACCUCAGGCUGAGAGACCAUACGAGACACCUUUUGAAGGUUAG